GGGGUUAGCAGCCCUGGAAUGUGUUCGUGUGCGCGUGCUCGACCUUGUCUGAUCGUGUUGCGCGCCAGAUAGGAGCGGUUACGCGCAGCGGUACGACAGGUUUGAGUGUGUGUGUGUGUGUGUGUGUGCUUGGGUUGGUUUGUUUGGACUCCGAGAGAACUCGUUUGAGAGAUCAUGAUGGCGGUGAAGAAAUGACAAGUUUGCAAGGAUAACUUUCAGGGAGUAGGAAGGACUCAGUCGGCUUACAGCGACAAUGAAACUGAAGUAAAGUCUACGGAGGGAUUCUGAUCUUCAGAGACAGACUACUAAGCCUUGAAAACACAAAGGUAUCUCACCCGCAGACGGAAGGAUAGAACAAUACACUUUGAAUAGUGAGUAAGAUGACUGCCGUCUGACUGACUGCCGUUUGAAAUUGGGGCUAUGCGCAAAGCUAUCCAACCACAUUCAUGGCGCUGAAUGAUUAGAGAGGAAGAAAAGACGGCAGCGGGAGCCACGGUGCAGGAUAACAUUCGGACUCAUUCAUUUCCAACCUGCAAAGCUUUAAAAUGAUGAAGGCAGAGAGCAAAGGGGAGCGGAGUCUUCGAAGUGCUUCCCCACACAGAAAUGCCUAUAAAUCGGACUUCCAUGCAAUUAAAUGCUCCUUUGAUGGUUCAAAAUCCGACGGCGCCUCUAAAUCAUAUGCAAAUGGAUCCAGCGAGUCCCGGGAGGACACCAGGGGGAGGCCCUUCGGUAACAGAGUUAACAAAAUCAAGAAUAUUUUCCUGCAGAUGGAUGGUCAGCAACAAGAUAGCCCGGAGACAAACAAAAGUCUUUUGAAAAGUGACGCAUCCCCAGUCUCUCCAACAAAAUAUGCAGGCAGUAGCACACCUAAAACCAGCACAAGCAGUACCACUACGAGUCCAGAAUCUCACAGUUCUGACAAAACUCCCAAAGGGGAAGAUGACAAAGAGCUAGACAAAGAGAUAGACAAAGUGGCUUUGGCAGAGAAAUUCUCGGUGACUAGGAAACUUUUUGAAAGGGGCCUUAAAGAGCCAUCUGCUGAAAGGACAACCCCAGGUAAAACGUUUGCCCGACUGUCCCAGGGUGGCAUUUCUGAUGAACCCAAAGGUGGCAGGAAAUCAACAGGCUCUGCUGAGAGCAAAUCUGAAAACAGUCCAACUUCGCUGCCAAGGACGUCAACAGACGAGAAGAAAGACGGUGAAGAGGCGAAACAGGCACACCGGCUGUCAUUGAAUGCAGGCCCCAUAUCCAGGAGACUGGAGAAUUUCAUGGCUGAUAGUGAUGGUGAAGAAGCUGUGAGAGGAUCUAGCAAAAGCACAGAGAGCGCUGUGAAAAUCCGAAGUCCACUUCAGUGUUCAACCCCCAUUUCGUCUACAAGGGAUCACUCCAACAAGCCCACUUCUCCCAUUGGUGAUGCCAUUAGCAAGCCUACUUCCCCAGUUGCUGAUGCAGGUCAAAAAGCAGCAUCUCCUGUUACCAACGUGUCAUGCAAGGCCUCGUCUUCAGUUGCUGGAGGGUCCAUUAAUAAAGCAGUCUCAGCCAGAAGUGGUUCAAGUGAGCCCACAUCCCCCAGUGGCCAUAGUUCUUAUAAGCGAUCUUCAACAGGUGAGGGCAUUACCAAACCAUCUAUAGGCAGUGAUGGAAUCAAGGCUUCCAGCCCACCCUCAAGGGAACAGAGACCGUAUGGGAGUAGCGUGUACAACUCUAACCGGGCCAAGGGUGAGACUGCAAAAAAUGAGGGGCAUGUGGUACAGAGUCCUUCCAGGGAUAAGUUGCCUGACCAGGCCCCAACACUGGACCCAGCAGGCGCUUCGGUGGUCCGCGCCGAACUCGUGGUGGUCCAGAACGAGUCGUCGGAGAGCGAUGAGAACGAGGAGGUGUGCUUGGAUGACAGAGUGUUUACAGAGUGCAAAGUGCAAAAAGAGAUUAAAGCGGCGGGACCAACAGAAAGUCAGACUGAAGCACCGAAAGACCUGCCUUCUCCAAAGGAGACAGAUGCCACAAAAGGGUCUGAGGUGGGCAGCAGAGCAGAGAUCCAACAUGCAGAGAGAGAGGAGUCAAGAGAGGGGACAGGGACAGCGAGGCACACUGUUAAUCAUCGUGAGGAAGAGGAGGAUGAGGAGGAGGAGGAGGGAAGUGAGCACGAAGAACGAGUGAAUAAGGGAAGCCCGGAUAAGAGCUCACCUGUGGUAUAUGGGAUUGAGAAUGCAGCUUUUGUGGAUGAUAAGGAUGCGGAGCAGCUUGAGGAAGAGGAUGAGGAUGAAGAGCAGGAGGAGGAAGAAGCAUAUGAGGAGUACGAGGAUGCCCCCGGCCUCUCUGAUGAGGACCCUCCUCCGCGGGGGGGAGUUCACUUCUCUACCGAGCCAAUAAAGGUGUUUAGCACGUACUCCAACGAGGAGUACGACCGACGCAACGACGAUGUGGACCCUGUGGCCGCCUCGGCAGAGUACGAGCUGGAGAAGCGCGUGGAGAAGAUGGACGUGUUCCCCGUGGAGAUGGAGAAAGGAGACAACGGCCUGGGCAUCAGCAUAAUUGGAAUGGGAGUGGGGGCGGAUCAGGGUCUGGAAAAGCUUGGAAUUUUUGUGAAGACCAUAACAGAAGGAGGAGCAGCUGAAAGAGACGGGCGGAUCCAGGUGAACGACCAGAUUGUGGAGGUGGACGGCAUCAGUCUGGUGGGGGUCACACAGCUCUUCGCUGCCACCGUCCUGAAGAACACCAAGGGCUCUGUCAAGUUCCUGAUUGGGCGAGAGAAGCCGGGCACGCAGAGCGAGGUGGCCCGGCUGAUCAGCGAGACCCUGGAGCAGGAGAGGAACCAGCAGCAGCAGCAGGACGAUCCCUAUGAGCAGUCCACCGAGGAGGACGAGCACUACGAGGACGAGGAAGGGGAGGACGAGGACGGGAUCCUGGGGUCCAGCUUUGGUGGACGGAGCACAGUGGAGGUGUUUGACCUGCCGGAAAACGAGGCCAUGUUCCUGCCCACCAACAUGGACGCUGCACAACUAGGCUUCAAGUUCAAAGAGCUGCAGAUAAAGCACAGCAUGGCAACAGUUGAGCUGAGCCAGAUAAAGGAAAAGCUGCGCGACAUGGAGGAGGAGAGGGGCUCAUGGGAACAACGAGAGGCCGAGCUCCAGGAGAGCAUCGCCGGCAACAGCGACAAGAUCCAGCAGCUGGAGACGUUCUGGCUAGAGUCGCAGACCCUCUGCAAGGCUGUCAACGAGCAGCUCGCCGAGUCCCAGAGCCAGUACGAUGCGCUGGACAAGAAGUAUAACAAGGCCAAGAAGCUGCUCAAGGACUACCAGCAGAAAGAGAUCGACUUUGUGAAGCGGGAGGAGGAGCUCAAGCGAGCGCUGGAUGAGAGGGAGGCCUGGUACAAAGCCCAGCUGGAGAGCCUGCAGGAGAGGUUAUCAGUGUUGGAGUCCAAGGCUUUCCCCACCGACGGCUCUGCUCCCCAGCUCUUGGCGGCGGGGGACAGCCAGUGGAGCAGCCAGGAGGCCGCGGGACCUGUGGAGAACUCGCGCUCCACAGACUCACUGCUGCUGGAUGCCGACUGGUCCGAGUUGGUGCCUGAGACGGAGCGUCUGGACACCAGUGCCCACCGUGCCAAGGGGCAGCUCGCCCAGAAAGCCAAGAGGCAGCCGCCAUCACGCAGCAAACUCCGAGAGAUUGGGGCCCCACCGUGCCAACCAGAGGACGAUGAGGAGGACGAGCCCCCGAGCCCUGAGGUGCCGCGGAGACGCCGCUCCAUCCAAGAGAGCCUCUCCCUGCCCGUGCCCUUCUGCGGCCAUCCUGGGAACGGCCAGAGGGAGGAGGGCGCGGAGGACGCUGCCGUGAGCGUAAGCCCCAGGCCCACGGCCGAUCUGUCCAGCUCCCCGUCCCCAUCGGCCAACCAGCGGGCCAGCAUGGAGAGCGGAGACAGCGGCAGUCUGUCCCCGCCCAAGGACACGACCUCCCCCAGCUCACCCUCCGGGUUCCUGAGGAACGUCAAGAAGAGGGAGUCCAAGGGCAAGGGCAAAGAGCCCCGAGAUGAGUCAAACGACGGCUCAUCAGCGGGGAAACCAAAAAGGCGAUUUCCUGACUUUGGAGGCCUACGGAAAUCUGGGGGCAAAGGGAAGAAACAUGACAAGGACUCAGUGAGGGUGUCACUGGACAGCAGGGGUUCAGCUGAGUUGCUGGAGGAGUCGGGGGGCAACGUGUCCCCCACGGAGUCCAUGUCCUCCGUCCCCGCCUCCUGCAUGCCCUUCUCCUGGUUCGGCGAUAAGGACAAGGAGCGCGACCGAGAGAGGGAUCCACUGUCGUCCAGCAGCAGCUUGCCCUACUCCACCACGGAGACCAGCAGCGUGCAGAGCCAGGACCGCAAAAACAAGACAAAUCUCUCCUGGUCCUCUUUAUUCAGUCGCUCCUUAGAUUUGAGUUUGUCUGUUUUAGACGAUUCAAACCCUGGAAGUCCCAGUUCAGACUUGACAGGGUUAGUUGCCGAGCCCAAUCUCUCUGGGCGCUCGCACACUCUAGCCUUCUCGUCCAAUGAGACUCUAGACGACGAGCCGUUCCCCGUGGGGAAGGACUACCAGUGGCAGAACCGCCCUGUGACUGAGUGGACCACCCAGCAGGUCUGCCACUGGCUGAUGGGUAUGAACAUGGACCAGUACACGCCGGAGUUCACCACCAAGGGUGUGGACGGCCAGCAGCUCAUCAACCUGGACAGCGAUAGACUCAAGGCCCUGGGUGUUGCGAGCCAGAGUGACCGGGCCACCAUCAAGAAGAAGCUGAAGGACAUGAAGAAGACCCAGGAGAAGCUGGAGAAGCAGCGGGAGAAGCGGGAGAAGGAGGUGCGCCGCAGCGGGAAGCUGCCCGCCUCCAACACCGACUCCGUCUGCUGAGCUCCAUCUGAUUCUGGACUUGACCCACGGGACCGGACUUUCCCUCGACUGCUGCUGCUGCUGCUGCUGCUGCUGUUGCUGUUGCUGCACGCGAAGAACACUGACCACCCUGAUGACCAGUUCCCGACCACCUGGAUGAGGGCCACUUGUGGCGAGUGGGAGUGAAUGACAGCACAGACAAUCAACCACUUUGGCACAUGCAAUGCCACAGUUCACACAGAUAUGCAACUAGCAUAGGGUUAGCGGUGCUCCUACCGGCAUACCAAUGUUACGAGCCAGCUAUUAGCCUCAAUUCCACAGGGUGUUUUAGUCCAGUCUCGCAGUGCCAAGCAAGUGCUUCUGCCCAACCUCUCAUUUUUUUCUAUUCCUUGAUUCCCAAGUUACCCAACAGACAAGUGUGCUUUUAAAUGAGUCAAUUCUGUUCCACUUCACAUUUCAAAUUCCAACACAAAUGAAAUGUGAUGUACCUCAUGAAAAUAUCGUUCAUCCUGACCAGUGGAAGCUAAUUAUUGUAUUGGAGAGAAACUGUAUGUAAAGAGCAAGUUGAAUGUGUGUUUGAGAGAGAGAGAGAGAGAGAGAGAGAGAGAGAGAGUAGUGAAGAGCUGUCUUCCAGAACCAUGCCUGGCUGCCAAGGCAAAUGUUUUUUUGACAGGUUAAGGGACGUUUUAGGGGGAUUUGUAGGUGUAGAUGAUUGUUAUAUAGAUAAUGUGUUGACUAGUGGACCAAACAGAGAUGCAUGUAUUUUACCUAACCACUGUAGCCGAGGGCUUACCAGGAAGAAGCAGGUCUUCCUUACUGAAAAUAUUACAGAUACAGAGUUCCAUAAUUGUGCACAGAGCCCCUGAUUGUUUCCUGCCUUUAAAUGUUUUUAUACAUUAUUUUUGCUAGAACAACUUGCCUGUGUCCAUGUACAGAUCAUUUUUGUUGCUGGAACCUUUGUACAGUCGAUGAGGAAAAGCACUAUAUUGUCUUUUUAAGAUACAAAUGGGGAACAUGAUUUUAAAUGUGUAAAUGGAUGGUUUUAUAUUAUGAGCAUAUUAACUGCAUACCUUUAAAAAAGCAAAUUACUGAUCAAGUUUCUACAUUUUCUACUAAGUAGAAUAGCCUGUUGUGUGAAACCUUUUUUAAAAAUGGCUAAUCAAAAAAGGGUAGUCAGAGAUGGUCCAUCAUCUUCCCUUGUUGACGGUGCCUGCUUUGCCUUGUUUGACCCUGUGCAGCUAACUAGAGUUUGUAUCAUCCAAAAGGGUACCAGACUAUAUCACUGUAUCGCAUCAGUCUUUUACAUGCAUAACAGCACUGUGAGAAGGCCAGGAGAUGUGGCUGUUAGGUGUAAUAGGUGGAUGGUUUCUUUGCCAGUGUACUCCUAAAUGCUAUAUAGUUAGCUUGUCUGCACUCAUACUUAUUUGCUAUUCUGUUUACUACUUAGAUGCUUUGAUAUCUGUAUUUUGAUGAAACUGACAAUGGGAUGAUGCCCUUCAGACCACAACAGGCACCCAGUUACUCCUCUGGUACAAACAGUACAAGCUGUGCAAAUUAAACACUUUAUUUGAA